AAAAACAUUACCACGCCACACACUCAACAAGGUUACUGAUAUCAUACAUUAUAGAUUAUAACCUGCAAAUCAUCCUGAUUUAAACUAACAAUAAAUAAGCAUUCCUACUAAAAUCUAGUGUAGUACAAAAUGUCUAUAAGUGUAAUCAGAUCAAGAAUAUUAUCUCAAGUUAUUUCGACACCGAACAUUAACAACCAAACAGUUAGAAACUUUGCAGCUAUGGUCAAGGCUAAGGUGUAUAAAUUUGAAAAACAAUUCCAAGGCGUUCCAAAGGAAACCGAUUUAAAAUUGGUGGAGGAAGAAUUGCCGCCAAUUAAAGAUGGGGAAUUUUUAUGUGAAGCAGUAUUUCUCAGUGUGGAUCCUUAUAUGAGGGCAUAUGCUCCAAGACUUUCUUUAGGUACCACCAUGAUUGGACUUCAAGUAGCUAAAAUAUUGGAAAGUAAAAACCCCAAAUUUCCUGUUGGAAAGCAUGUGGUAGGCGACUUCGGCUGGAGAACACACACCGUUUCAAAUGGCGUCACCAAAGGUCAGAUAGAUCAUUACGUAUUCAGCGAUUUCGGAAAACUUCCCUUAUCCUACGGUGUGGGGAUUCUUGGGAUGCCAGGAAACACCGCUUACUUUGGUUUCCUGGAACUCUGCCAACCGAAGGCAGGUGAAACUGUGGUUGUGUCGGGAGCUGCCGGAGCUGUUGGAAGUAUUGUUGGACAAAUCGCGAAAAUCAAAGGGUGCAAAGUAAUCGGCAUCGCAGGAUCAGAUGAAAAGGGAAAAUGGUUGACUGAAGAACUCAAUUUCGACCAUUUUAUCAAUUAUAAGACACAAAAUGUGUUCAAGACUUUAAAACAAGUCGCACCCAAAGGUGUGGACUGCUACUUCGAUAACGUUGGUGGCGAGAUCAGUAGCAUGGUUUUAAAUAGCAUGAACCUCUAUGGAAGAAUUUCAGUAUGUGGAGCGGUUUCAGGUUACAACGAUACAUCAGUACCCAAAGCUUCCAUUGUUCAAUAUCCCAUGACCUUCCAGCAGUUAAAAAUGGAAGGUUUUAUGGUGUACAGGUGGUCCGAUAGAUGGAGUGAGGGAAUUGAACAAAACAGGAAAUGGAUAGAGGAGGGGAAGUUGAAAACUCAGGAAACUGUUACCGUUGGUUUUGAAAAUAUGUUUAAGGCUUUCACUGAAAUGUUGGAUGGAAAAAAUACUGGGAAAGCCGUUGUUAAAGUUUAAUUUUAAGUAUAUGUAUUAAUACAUGUUUAUAUAUUUAUUAUAUUGUCUUUUAUUCAUAACACAGGGUAACAAAUU